AUGGCGGGUGUGGGGGCAGUGACGGCUCCUGCGGCACCGCCGGUCUUCAGUGCCGAUGAGAUCACUGCGGUGCGCAACAUCGGCGAGGCUAGAGACCUCGCCGGUGUGGAGGAUGCUGCGUGGGAGGCCCUGAAGGUUACGCUGGGUGGCACCCCAGACCUCCGGGUCCUGGGUUCAGUGCCGCCCGCAGCCAUUCAAGCGGCAAUCCGAGCCUCGCGCAUACCCGCGCCGACUACAGGAUCUCCAGCGGCCACCAGGGAGAUCCGCGUCAUCGAGGCUACGCAACUUGGGCUGCUCUGGCGAAUUGCGAGGCUGAAGUUGGGUUUACCAGACAUGGACCCCUUCACCGCGGCUCAGCAGCUGAUCGCUGCGGUGAAAAUGAGCACCGUGCUGGACCAAGGAGACGACAGGGAGGGGGCCCGUCCGUCCAUGGUGGACUUGGGGUUGGCUCCCUACGCAGAUUUCGCCCUCUUCGUCAACUUCCAGUCCCGGUUCUCCAGGGCCCUCAAGUUCUUAAACCACGUGCUCCAGCCCGACGGGACGUUCAGAGCCGUGGAGGUGCCAGGGCCCCCGUCCUUCGACGUUUGGUUGGCCUCUUGGCAAGUGUUCGCAAACACACUCCUCAUGCUUCGCGUGGAGGACCCGGUGAAGGGUGUGCAGGUUCCGGUGGUGGCACAGUCCGCCCUGGACCUCUAUACCGGGAGACGUUUCGUGACCUGUGCGUGCGGUACGCGGAGGUGUGGCAUCUACUGCUCACCGCCGAGGACCGAUGCCGGCCGAACACUUCCCUCGCCUAAGAGGUACCUCUACGAGCGCUUCACAAAGGGCCAAGAACCGGACUUCGACCCGGCUACCCCAUGGGACAUG